CUUAUGGAUUACUUUCCGUAACAACGUUCUCUAUAAAGCUCCUCCCAAAUCCAAAUUCUGCUGCAUUUCUUUAGGAGUGACAAAAACGGUUAUUGCCGGUAAAAUGCCCUGCUAUCCGCUCCGGUGAAUUCAGCUGUCGCCGGUUGAUCUUUGAUUUUUUCUCUCCGCAUUUCAAUUCAGUUCCAUGAUUUCCAACCCGUUUCUUUCUCAAUAUGCAGUACUAAUUCUGGGAUUAAAAUGCAGAGCCUGCAUUUGUGGUCGUGUGAAUGUUUUCUACUUUUCUGGUGUGAUUUCUCAUAUUUGAACUGCAAUUUGGACUGAUUGAGACCCUGUUGGUGCUUAGCCAAAAAAAAAGAUUGAAAAAUGGUUGGGUUUUCCAGUAUGCUGGGGCGUGAGAAAUGUGAAAGCUACUUCAUUUUUAGUGGAGAGACUGCUCUCGGAGAAAAUUUUCGGGCAUUUUUGUAUACCCUUGCCCUUGCCUAUUGUUUCAUUGGAUUAUCAGCUAUAACAGGCCGCUUCUUCCUAUCUAUGGAAAAUGUGGUCAAGCACACAAGGGAGGUAGUGGAGGUUGAUCCUAUUACUCAAGCUGAAAUUAUUAGACAUGAAAAAGUUUGGAAUUACACAAUUGCGGAUAUUAGUCUGUUGGCCUUUGGAACUAGCUUUCCUCAGAUAUCAUUGGCCACCAUUGAUGCUAUACAGAACAUGGGGAAUCUGUAUGCUGGAGGUUUGGGACCUGGAACACUUAUUGGUUCUGCAGCGUUUGACCUUUUCCCCAUCCACGCUGUUUGUGUAGUAGUUCCAAAAGCAGGAGAGCUGAAAAAGAUUGCUGAUCUAGGAGUAUGGCUGGUGGAGCUGUUUUGGUCAUUUUGGGCUUACUUUUGGUUAUACAUUAUUUUGGAGGUAUGGACUCCUAAUGUGGUGACUCUGUGGGAGGCCUUGUUGACUGUACUGCAGUAUGGAUUACUACUGACCCAUGCUUAUGCUCAAGACAAACGUUGGCCCUAUAUUUCUCUACCUAUUGCAAGAGAUGAGAGACCAGAGGAUUGGGUGCCAGAAGUUCAUGAGAAGGUGAAGUGCUCUGAGAUAAGUAAUGUUAAUAAAGAAAUUGUGGACACAGUUGAUAUUUUUUCCAUUCAUUCAGAAAACCCCACAGAUCCAAAGUACGAAAGAGUACCUCAAAUAGAUGAUGUUGCUGAAAUUUCUGACAAAGCUGAGGAAAAAAUGUUGGAGCAUUUGCUCACAAUUUGGGGAAAGCAAUUUGUGGAUGCACUGAGGUUGGAGAGCCCAGAAUCGAAAAAAGUGAACAAUGUCUAUCUCCGCAUGGCUCAAGUUUUCUGGCAAUUGCUGUUUUUACCAUGGAGAUUUCUUUUUGCUUUUGUUCCUCCGUGCCAUAUUGCUCAUGGAUGGAUCUCUUUCGUUUGCUCUUUGCUUUUCAUCAGUGGGAUAGCUUACAUUGUGACUAAGCUCACAGAUCUUAUAAGUUGUGUCACAGGAAUAAAUGCUUAUGUUAUAGCAUUUACAGCACUAGCCAGUGGAACCUCAUGGCCUGAUCUUGUUGCAAGCAAGAUUGCUGCUGAACGUCAAAAAACUGCAGACUCUGCAAUUGCAAACAUCACUUGCAGUAAUUCGGUGAAUAUAUACGUUGGCAUUGGUGUUCCAUGGCUUAUUGAUACUUUGUACAACUUCAUAGCAUAUAGAGAACCACUUCGGAUCCAAAAUGCAGGGGGGCUAAGCUUUUCGUUGGUUGUUUUCUUCUCCACUUCUGUUGGGUGUAUCUUAGUUUUGGUUCUUAGGCGUCUAAUUUUUGGGGCAGAGCUAGGAGGGCCAAGGCUCUGGGCAUGGAUUACCUUUGCGUUCUUCAUGUUGUUGUGGAUUAUUUUUGUUGUACUAUCUUCACUCAAGGUUUCUGGAUUCAUUUAA